GAUUAGUAGAAUUGAGCAGAACAAUACGUGUAUUACUUUACUAUUGAAAGAUUAGCUAAAUGUUCUUGCCCACACCGAUUGGUUGACCACUACCUUGCUGCUUGUCAAACAGCUCCUGCGUAAUCCAAUUGAGUUCUUAUACCUGGAGUCUAAAAAUAGUCAAAAUUGACCGAAAACCCAGUAUCGAUACAUCGCUACGUUUGUGUACAGAACAUUAUAUUCAAUGGAGAAAUUUACUUAUUUCCACGCUAUCUUGUGAUGGAAUUAUGUAUAGAUGAAAAGUCGCCUGAUAGGCUAGAAAAAGUAGCGAAUGAAGAGUACAGCCACAGGUGGAAUGCCGUGUGAUGCUUGAGAAGAUUACAUUCGAUCUGGAGGUUUUCUGAAGAGGAACUUCUUCAUAUAUUGAAUGAAAUUAGGAUGGGCACGUUCGUGACCCUGGCAGAGGUGCUGGAGGCCCGGGGGUCACCUCUGGAGGAGGAUGAGGUGUGGCGUCUGCUUUUGGGCACCGCCGAGGCCUUAACGGACAUCUCCCACAAAGGUCCUGGCAACAUGUGCAGUGUACUGAGCCCCGGCUCUAUGUUACUGUCAGCCAGUGGGAACCUUGCUUUUAAAAGCUGUGCCCGGUCUGGGGACUUGGGCUCCUUCACUGCUCCAGAGGUACAGGAUGGACACGCUGCCUCCAACAGGACAGCCUCAGAAAAGAUGGUUGUAUAUUCCCUAGGAAUGACCCUCUACUGGUCCGUUGAUUAUCAAGUACCUCAAAACCAGCCCAUUCAGCUGAGUGGCAAACUGAACAACCUGUUGCUGAGCAUGUGUGAGGACACGGUCCAGAGACGAGCGGAUCUCGCAACUGUGCUGGAGACCUGUGACCAGCACAUCAAGACUGCUCAACUGCCCCCACCAGAGAAGCUCAUCAAACAGCUAGUAGAAGAUGUGUUUAGGGACUCUGUCAAUCAUGUGUCUAUGGCUGAGAAUGGUCCUCAACUUACUGACCGGAGUCAGAUGGUCAGAGAGAGGAUUCACAGUUUCUCGGGAAGUGCCUCGUACCAUAACUCUACCUGGGCGCUGAGAAACAGAAGCAACUCAACAUUCCAAGUCGAGCUCAGCAGAGGAAUUGCCCAGGGGUUACGUCACAGAGAGAGUUACUGCAGCUAUCAAUUCCGUAACCCCUGUAGCCCUUACCUGGAUGGCUUUCGCCGUGGCAGCAUCAGACCUAUACCAUAUGUGUAUCUGAACGAGUCCACUGUCAGUCUUAAUGAAAAGAAAGCCACGGAUGUGGGUCCAGAGUUUUUUCGAAUGUUAGAUGAGCCACUGGUUGUCUUGGAGCUGCCCGGAUCCAUUGUUUCAAAGAAAGGGAAGUCUCACUCCACUAUGAGGGAGCUGAGUGUGGUCAUGCCAAACGGACAGAGCAUCCUGGUCAAGUGUGACGUCAAGUCAGAAGGAGGGGAAGUCUUUGAUAUGAUUGUUGCCCACUUCAACCUGGUUGAACACUUCUACUUCGGCCUUGCAUACAUUGAUGAUAAUGAGUUUUUCUUCCUGGACAAUGACACAAAGAUAUCCAAGGUUGCCCCCCAUAGUUGGAAGAAAGUGCCUACGUCCACGUUUGUCCUUUUCUUCAGGGUCAAAUUCUUUGUCCACGACAUCGCUCUACUUUUGCACAAGCUGACUCGUCACCAGUACUACCUACAGCUGAGGAAAGAUAUACUGGAGGACAGGUUGUCCUGCCAUGAAGAGACAGGCCUAUAUCUGGGUGCCUUGGCUCUCCAAGCAGAGUAUGGAGACUGCAUGCCUGAGGUUUAUGGGAGGAACUACUAUCGACCAGACCAGUACAUUGCCAAGAGCGUCAUGGAGAAAAGAGCCCUGCCUUACCUAAAGGAGGAGUUGCUACGGUUACAUGCCAACAACUCCACGAUGAGUACCGACGAGUCCGAGCUUGAGUUCCUCAAGGCCACCCAGCAGCUUCCUGAGUACGGUGUUCUGUUCUACCGUGUGGGGCGCGAGAAGAAGCCAGUCAUCGGAGAGCUGAUCCUCGGAGUGUGUGCCAGAGGAGUCAUAGUGUAUGAGGUUAAAGAUAGCUCUCGCUCCACGAGUCAGACAUUCCACUGGUGGGAAACAAGCAGUAUCUCCUCCUCUUGCCGGAAAUUUGUCAUCGAGAGCAGAGGGAGCGCGAGAAAGCACACCUUUGUCACUGAGAGAUCCAAGAUUGCCACGUACCUGUGCAACCUCUGCUCUGCCCAGCACAAGUUUCACAAUGAGAUGAACUCUCGCCAGCUCGGACAUAGUCUGGCCUCAGAGGACAACAUAGCGCAAUUUGCGGCAGUGUGUCAGGCACAGAACAGGAACUCUGAGACCGUACUGACAGACAGCGGUCUGACCACACCGCAGGACGGCUCCAUGACCAAACUGUGUGAUGACAUCGCCGCCAAGAUCGAGGCGCGGAUCAAACAGCACCGUGUCCUCCACGAGCAGGGCAGAAGGAGGCCAUUGCCUGGGAACCUGUCUCCAGCCCUGUCUCGUGGGUCUGGGAAGUGUGGGUCAGAGGUCAACCCCAUGUCCUCAGCAGGCAGAGAUGUUUUUGCCCAAAUGAAGAGAGUCAUACCAGAGAGAGAAGUCAUUUGUGUGUGCUUAAAGAAAGACCCGAAGCUCGGCGUCGGUGUUGUGAUAGUUGGAGAAGACACGGUGGGGAAGUAUGACCUGGGUGUCUUCAUAGCAUCCAUCGUGCGGGGAGGACCAGCGGAUAAAGAUGGCCGCAUCAGACCAGGUGGGCGUCUGAUCUCUCUGAACCACACCAGUCUGGAGGGCAUGACCUUCAGUGAGGCUGCAGAGGUCAUGCAGAACAGCCCACAGGAGGUCACACUCAUCGUGACCCAGCCCAAAGUUUCCUCGACACCCAACAACUUGAGAUCUCCGCUAUUGAAGAACUACGAGUCCCAGACCACUUUGAGGACGAACGUGCUCUCUGGGGAGGAUGACCUGGAUGAGAUCGUGUCUGUCAUGUUGACCCCAAAGACUGGCAGUAGAUUGCAAGUCCCUGAUGUACGCAUCCUCAACGCUCAGGACUGCCGCUCCAGGUCUCCUUCCACAGACUGCUUCAGGGGUGGUGAGAUCUCUGUGGAGCUGAAGAAGAAAGCUGGAGUAGGUUUGGGAAUCAGUAUCGCUGGUGGUGUGAACACAGGCCUGCGUCAUGGAGGGAUCUACAUCAAAAGCCUAGUCUGUGGAGGGGCUGCUGAGCAAGAUGGCCGCAUUCAGUCAGGUGACAGACUGCUGAAAGUUGAUGGAAUCAGGUUUCAAGGGUUCACAUAUCAGCAGGCUGUGGAAUGUCUGGCAAAAACAGGAAAGGUGGUGACCCUGGUCCUGGAGAGGGAGAACAUGAACAGCCUGCCCUGGGUGUCUCUGAGCCCAGACACAGGGUGCCACCUCUCCCCUCAGAGUUCCCACCGGGACAUCACCCAAAAGAGGAACAACAGCUGCCCUGCCGUCAUCACCCCCUUCUUGGUCAAGCCCAAGGACUACAGCUUUGUGUCUGACGGGAACACUUUGGAGGUGACCUUGAAUAAGAGGCUGAAUGGCUUGGGCUUCAGCUUCCUGGUCCCUGAGCUCGAGCCCUCGAAAGGAGACUCGGGCAGUGGUCUUAUCCGGAUCAAGAAGCUUUUCCCUGGCCAGCCAGCGGAGGAGAGUGGGCGGAUCCAGGAGGGAGACGUCAUCCUGGCAGUCAAUGGAGAAUCGCUGAAGGGAUUGUCCUACCAGAGGGUGGUCGCGCUGCUGAGCGGCUCUCCUCCUGAAGUCCGGUUGUCUCUGUGCCGUCCUGCUCCAGGAAUUCUGCCUCCCAUUGAAACGUUGUUUGGCACCUGAGUGAUGUCACACCACAGUACGCGAGCACCAAUGGGAGUUCAGGAAUAUACUUCCUGAAAGACAGAGAGGAGAUCUUGGAGGAGCAGGACAGGGGAAGAUCUGCCCAGAUAAAAGAGUAGGACCGGGGGAGACGCCUGGCCCUCCCUAGCUUGUAGCAGAGCCCUGGGCCUGACCUGACGGAUUACAGAACCCACCUGGAUGCAUCUCUGCGUUCUAUGAGUCAGAGGGGUUGGAUGAGUCGCCCCGCAGACAAGAACCAACUGUGUCAUGUUGCAACAGCCAUGAGACACUGCUGAGGUCAACUCAUGUGAGGUGAAGAAAAUGCCAAACGAUGGAAAUCUCUUGCUACUUAGAUUCUGUUGAACACCAGAAGAGGCGAAAGAGUUGGUUGGACUGGGGGCGUGGGGGUUCUACAGUGUGAACCCUUGACGAUAAGGAGAGAACUAUUAAACAAGCUCAGUUGGUUUGAAGUGUAUAUUAUAGCCUGGAGGGUGAUCUCGGACAGAUUGCACCACUAAUGCAGUGCCUAAUCAAAGAAAAGACGGAGCUACAGAACGCCAUAUGAUGCAGCGUUGUGACAGCCCCUGAAACGCAUGAAAUGAACGUUACGUCUGACUGUUGAUACACUCAUACGUUCAUCUUUGAAUUAACUCCUACCUCUGUUUAGUCUAAACGUCUGCAGGAUCCCACUGAUUCUGACAUGGUCCUUAAAGCCACACUGCAUGAUGGGUACUGAGUGGCAAAGGCCUAAAUUAGUAGCAGUUCAACCAUGUGGAUGUCUAGCUGUGACAAAGGCACAACAAACAUAAGAUUCUGGUCUUGUUUCUGAAUUCUACUGUAUUAAAGACCUCUUCUUGACAUCA